AUGAAUCUGACAAUUGGAUUAUAUGAAAUUACAGAUCCAUUACCAUCGGCUACGUUACCUGGACAGAUUUUCUUUGUUAUUUUCCCUUGUAUGGUCAUAACAGGUAUCAUAUGUAAUUCAUUAAUUUUCGUCAUCAUGCAACGUCGUCGCAUGUCUCAUCUUUCCACAUGUUAUUACAUGGGUAUUUUAGCUGUUGCUGAUACGAGUGUUCUAUUUCUCGGUUUAUCUGUUAUGUGGUUAUAUUUACUUAAUCGUAAAUGGUCAUUAUUAUUACAAUCGACUUAUGUGUGUAAAUUUAUUUCACUUCUGUUCUAUACUGUCUCAGAUGUCAGUGUUUGGAUUGUCUGCAUGAUGUCAGCAGACCGUUGCAUAGCUGUGACACGUCCGUUACACGCCAGUUCGAUCUGUACUGUACAGCGAGCACGCAAGUGUGUAACUAUUCUUGUUGUAUGCUGUAUAUGGAUUAAUAUUCAUUUUCUUUUCUCACAUCAUUUAUCACCAGAAAAUGAUUGUACGUAUCAUGAACGUUAUGAAUUUUUUAGUCGUCAUAUUUGGCCAUGGAUCGAUGCAGCUGUCUAUUCUAUUUUGCCUUUUAUAUUAUUAUUAACGAUGAAUUUAAUUAUUGUUCAUAGUUUAUUUCAAGCACGACGUUCAACAACAACUCUACAAAUCUGUCAAUCUCAACUAACACGCCAAAAAAAUAAAUUAUCUAUCUCGAGGAAAUUGACAACAAUGCUCUUAGCUGUAACUGUCUUCUUUUUAUUAAGUUCAUGUCCUAUGGUUUGUUUACAAAUCUAUAUCAACAUACAUAAGAAUAAUCAGUAUAAACAAAUGUUUGCACAAGCAUACCUGAAGCCCUUGUGUGAGACAUUACAAUAUUCAAAUCAUUGUGUGAAUUUCUUUCUCUAUGCGAUCACUGGCAAAGCAUUUCGUCAUGAGUUGCAUAGUUUAUUUGUGACUAUUGGUGUUAAAUUGCAUUUAUCAAAUGAACCGAUACCAAACUCGAAGGAACGUCGAUCGACAGCUCCAAAUAUCCAAUAUCAUGUGGUCGAAAAGAAUAUCGAUCGAAAUUACAAAUCAAAUCAAGCAGCGCCUAGUACACUUCCACUCCUGCAGCGUCGACAAUCAAACGAUUCUACGGGGAGCAGUUCAGGUACAAUUCCUCAAUAUUUUCGUCAACAAAUUCCUCGUACGAAUCUCACUGAUGUAUCGUGUUAUUUACAAAAGAUAUCUAAUGUUUGA